AUGAACUGGGAAGUAUCGCGCGAUAGCGAUGAGGAGUUGACGGGAUGGCCAGCCUACUUGAGGCGCAUGGCCGAUGCCUUUCCUGACUACUGCGUCACUAUUGAUGAUUGCUUGGAUUGGGGAGCUGCGACCAUCAUGGCAUAUUCCGACAGCACGGGAAAGACUACGAUCGGUCCCAACGAUAUGUGGACCUACGUGCCGCUCGCAGGAAGUAAUGUCACAAAUCCCGAAGAUACGUUACUGCACGUCCGCCUCGGAGAUUCGAUCCUACGCACCAUCAUGCUAUAUGGUGAUGGAUACUGGUUCCAGAUUAUGGCACGCGUUGACAAGAGCCUCGUUCCCGAGGGCGAUCCUAAUGUCUCUCGAACAAAAGGGGGGUCGAAGAAACAGAUCCGAGUUGCAACGUCUACGCUCGAGAUAUGUGGAAUUGCGGUUCGGCCGCAUCGAAUCAGUGAGUACUUCACUUCGCAGAAGCAGUCCGAGACAAAUCCGAAGCAUCUCGUACAUGGGUAUCGAUUUCUCGAUCCAGAGGAUUGUACGUCGACAUCAUGGCAUCCUUGGAUGGAGGUUAACCCAAUCGAUCCGUCCAGAAUUCUUGCCACUGGCCAUAUGACGGGAUCUGUCUCGGUUGAAUUCGCUCCAUUCACGAUGACUGGAACUGGAGAUGACGCGCACCCGGGAGGACACACCCCAGUCGAUCUGUUCAAGUGUCUGAUUCUGAUAUGGAUGCCUGCACACGGGCUACCACAAGAUGGACUUCUCCGGUCAAACGAAUCCCACGCUGACCGACAGGUCUCCGCAUUCCGAUCCAUGGUUUUUCCAUAUUUUCAGAAGCAGGUGCCGCAGUUUGGAGAGGGCGAUCACUUCCAGCUUCCGGCGCCGGCCAAGGCCACUCGCGCUGUCAGUGGGCUUCAAGAAAAGUGGAAUACAUGGUGCAAGGCGUACGAAAAGAUGUUUCGUAUCGUCUUCGGUCAGUGGACUCCCGCAGACGCGAUGAUCACGGUAAGCAUUCAUGGCGGAUUGACCGUUGCCCUGAUGGGCGCGACGAUUGCGCACUCAGCUAUGCCGCCAGCGUUCCCGAUUAUGGUGAUGCGUCCAACCGGGACAAAGCUGAUCACUAUUCACGAUGGAGUCAUCACCUUUAAGAAGAAACAGACUACCGCCAGCAGCAAGUUUCAUGGGGUUGGAUGCAGUUCGGGCGCGUGGGAAAGCGCCCACUGCAGUUCGGGCGCGUGA